CGAUAAUUUUUUAAUUGUUGGAAGCAACACAGUGGCGCUGUGUGCAUUUGUUUGGAUCGAUUGGAUCAAUUUAUAUGAGCGGUAAUUUGUAUACAUUUUCAAGUGCUGUGCACUGGUAACCUCAAAUGGAAAAACUGAAACCGGUAAAAAAUGUCUCGAAAGGUGUUAAAAUUAUUUGCCCUUCGCCGGAAGAACUUAGCGUGAUAACAAAUAAUAUUAAAUGCGAAAAAUGUGGACUCGUAUUUAAAAAUGAGCCACGAUAUCGUUUACACGAUCUUAAAGUUCAUCAACGUAAGAAUUUAGACAAAACAAUAAAAGAAAAUGUUCAGUAUCAUUGUCCUGUGGAGUCUUGUAUUUAUGCUCCAAAAGCCGAAAGGCAUUUUAAUAGUAUGAAGUAUCUUAAACAGCAUUAUCUUAAAGUACAUGCCAAAAAGACACAUGCAUGUAAUCUUUGUGAUAAAAGUUUUUCUACUGAAGCAGCUAAAGAAGGUCAUAUGAGAGUAUGUGGAAUUGAAUUUACAUGUUCAUGUUCAAAAACUUACACUUCUUAUGAGGCAUUACUUACACAUGCAAAAAGAUCAUUACAUACUGUAAAUAAUAAGUAUAAAAAUUCUUUGAGACGUGCAAGUUCAAAAACCAUAAGAUUGAUUUUACCAACUAGUCAAACAGAAAUAAAUAAAUUAAUUACAAUUUUACCAAUAAAUCAGAAUGAGAAUAAAAUAUCUAAUCACAGUAAUGGUACCACCCAGAAACUUACUUCAGAUAUAGGUGUACAAACAGAUGAGCAUAGAAGGAAUAAAAGAAUAUUAAGUCCAUCAAAACACACUAAUAAUAGUCACUGUCAUAAUGAAAAACGUGAAAUAUCUAAACAGACUCAAACAAACAUAUCUCAAAAGAUUAGACAAAAUGUAAUGUCUAUGGAAACACAGACUACAGCAGCUCCACAGACAUUUAAAAAUACAUUAAGAAUACAAAAACAUAGGAAAAAUUCUGUAUCACAAAAUUCUGAUUAUACAUUGUUGAAGGAAGACCUUAAUCUUGGCAAUUUUACACCUUCAAAUUUAUUUCCUAGCAGCCCACUACCGCUUCGUCAUGAUGAUGGAUUACAAGACUUUUGGGAAGAUAAAAAUACAUCGGGUACUCAGACAAUACCGGAAAAAGAUAUGUUUGAAGUUCUCAAUGAUAAUGUUACUCAAACAGAAUUCGAAACAUUUUAUGACCAUAGUACAAAUCCACUGAUACAAUGCGUUCCAAAAAGUACAGUUGCACUGAUGACUUUACCUUAUGUUGAGGAAACAUCCUCAGUUGGUGGAGGAUAUUCUUUUGUGUCCUCAAAUAGCAUAUCACGGUCAGAUCCCAUGCUUACAGACAAAACUUUUGAUGACAGAUUUAGUAGUAUAGAGACUCAGACUGAACAAGCUUAUUCACAAUCGUUCUUUGAUUCGGAUACCUUAACUAGAUCAUUUACAUUAAGUUCUACCAUUGAAACACAAACCACAAACAAUCUUGACAACAUGGAACUACUGUACAGUAAUACAUGCACUCAAACUUGUAAUGAAAUACUACCAUCUGAUUUGGGAUUAUCAAAUAUUCAAACACAAACAGCGUGGACUCAGCUCGAGGAUACCACUGUAUCCACCGAAACGCAAACAAAAUCACUGAUAUGCGAAACGGGUUGUAAUAUACCGAUAAGUGCUUGUCGCUCCUGGUUAAGUACCCAAAUUAGUCAUACUGAAACACAAACUGAUUUACUGAGUAUUUUUGAAGGUCUUCAGUAAUAAAAUAUUUAAUUCGUUAAAAAAAAAAA